UAACACUCAAGCACAAUGUCUAGAGUCCGUCCUUCUCUCCAAGAUGUGUGCGACAGAUACUCGUCUGGCGAGGAUCGCACUACCUUGGAGAACAUCAUUAGAGCUUUCAGAAGGCUCCAGCAACUUGACCCAAGUAAUGAAGACUCCUUCUUCACCAUAGCUGGCUAUCAUGGAGAGCCUUGGAUGAAGGAAAAUCCGUAUCCGGGCGGAUCAACUUACGACGACUGGCGAGGAGGGUACUGCCAACAUCAAACCGUUUUGUUCCACACUUGGCAUCGCGCAUACCUCCUUCGCCUUGAAGACGCCAUACGUCGAUCUGUUCCUGAUGCUCCAGAUCUGGCUUUGCCAUUCCUGGAUGAGUGCCGGCCCUUCGACUAGAACACCCCUCUUCCCUGGAUUCUUACCGCUCCUACAUUCGAUCUUGACGGAGACAACAACCC